AUGGUGAUGAUGACCGAGUAUUUGUUCAACAUCGACGCCGGGUAUUUGGAAGGCCUGUGUCGAGGCUUCAAAAACGGCAUCCUCACGCAAAACGACUAUUUGAACCUGGUGCAAUGCGAGACGCUGGAGGACUUGAAAUUGCACUUGGCGAGCACGGAUUACGGCAAUUUUUUGGCGAAUGAAACCGGCCAAUUGACCGUGGCGACGAUCGACGAAAAGGUGCGGGAAAAGGCCGUGAUUGAGUUCCAGCACAUGAGGCAUCAGGCUGUUGAGCCUCUGUCGACUUUCUUGGAUUUCAUCACAUACGGGUACAUGAUUGACAACAUUGUCUUGCUGCUGACUGGCACAAUUCAUCAACGCCCCAUCAAUGAAUUAAUCUCCAAGUGUCAUCCAUUGGGGAGCUUUGAGCAAAUGGAAGCCAUCCAUGUGGCUUCAAAUCCAGCUGAGUUGUACAAUGCAGUUUUGGUGGACACCCCCUUGGCCAACUACUUCACUGACUGCAUCUCUGAAGAAGACUUGGAUGAAAUGAACAUUGAGAUCAUUCGCAACACCCUGUACAAGUCCUACUUGGAGGCCUUCCAUGAGUUUUGCUCCUCCUUG